AUGUCCAGAUCCCAUCCGCAACGGGACGGCCGCAGUCGCAGCCCAGAAACCAAAACGGGGGUGCCAAGAGAACGCUCAGGGGAAAGGGCCCAGGAUAGGGCGACACCGAGAACAGCAUCCGUUGACAGAGAGGACGGGUGGUACAAAGUAUUCAUACCAAAGUUCGACACAGUCAACCCAGAUCCUCUAGAGGAUUAUAAAAAGCGACUCCACGACGGUAUCUUCGUUGAAAAUGACCCGGCGAACAGCAAAGGAGACUUUUAUAACGUCACCGGCGACCUCAUGAUGGCAAAUGGUAUGCCGUACGCGACGAAAAGGAACCAUGAUGUUAUACACUCCCGGGAUUUUGCAAACAUGACCCAGAUUGGAUGGAUUCACGAAAAAGAUUCCGGUUUUUCGGAAGUAAACAGUAUCUUGAUUCAAGUUGAAAGACCGGCUCGACAGCAGGGAAUCAAUUUUACGGUCAAGGAUCACACGUGGAAUAAGGUUGUGUGGAUUGAGGCAGAUGGGACACCUUCCCCAAAUAACAUACCCACACGGCCAGUCAGGAAAUGUAAUGAAUGGACACAGGACGCGGCGGAGGCGUUGAGAAAGGCGGGAGUUUUAAAAUCAACAAAAGACUGA